GGACAACGUGAUCCGGAAAUCGGGGGAUCCCGGGAGCCUCUUCGGCUUCUCGCUUGCCAUGCACUGGCAGCUGCAGCCGGAGGACAAGCGACUGCUGCUUGUGGGGGCCCCUCGGGCAGAAGCACUUCCGCUGCAGAGGGCGAACAGAACAGGGGGCCUGUACAGCUGCGACAUCACCUCUCGGGGACCUUGCACACGAAUUGAGUUUGAUAAUGACGCUGAUCCCAUGUCAGAAAGCAAGGAAGAUCAGUGGAUGGGUGUCACCGUCCAGAGUCAGGGUCCAGGAGGCAAAGUGGUGACAUGCGCUCAUCGCUAUGAAAAGAGGCAGCACGUGAACACCAAGCAGGAGUCCAGGGACAUCUUCGGGAGGUGCUACGUCCUGAGUCAGAAUCUCAAGAUUGAGGACGACAUGGAUGGGGGGGACUGGAGUUUCUGUGACGGCCGACUGAGAGGCCAUGAAAAGUUCGGCUCUUGUCAGCAAGGCGUAGCCGCCACUUUCACUAAAGACUUCCAUUACAUUGUGUUUGGAGCCCCGGGCACUUACAACUGGAAAGGCAUUGUUCGUGUAGAGCAAAAGAAUAACACUUUUUUUGACAUGAACAUCUUUGAAGAUGGGCCCUAUGAAGUUGGCGGAGAGACUGACCAUGAUGAAAGUCUCGUGCCUGUUCCUGCUAACAGUUACCUAGGCUUUUCAUUGGACUCAGGGAAGGGUAUUGUGUCUAAAGAUGACAUCACUUUUGUGUCUGGUGCUCCACGAGCCAAUCACAGCGGAGCUGUAGUCUUGCUCAAAAGAGACAUGAAGUCCGCGCAUCUUCUCCCCGAGUAUAUAUUCGACGGAGAAGGCCUGGCUUCUUCAUUUGGCUAUGAUGUGGCGGUGGUGGACCUCAACGCAGAUGGGUGGCAAGAUAUAGUUAUCGGAGCCCCCCAGUAUUUUGACAGGGAUGGUGAAGUUGGGGGUGCAGUGUAUGUCUACAUUAACCAGCAAGGCAGAUGGAAUAACGUGAAGCCAAUUCGUCUUAAUGGGACUAAAGAUUCUAUGUUUGGAAUUUCGGUCAAAAAUAUCGGAGACAUUAAUCAAGAUGGCUUUCCAGAUAUUGCUGUUGGAGCUCCCUAUGAUGAUCUGGGGAAGGUUUUUAUCUAUCACGGAUCCCCAAGUGGCAUAAAUACCAAGCCAACACAGGUUCUUGAAGGUACCUCACCUUACUUUGGCUAUUCGAUCGCCGGAAACAUGGACCUCGAUAGGAAUUCCUACCCUGAUGUUGCUGUCGGUUCCCUCUCAGACUCCGUAACGAUUUUCAGAUCCCGGCCAGUGAUUAACAUUCUGAAGACUGUCACAGUGACCCCUAACAGAAUUGACCUGCGCCAGAAGUCCAUGUGCGGGUCACCUAGUGGGAUAUGCCUCAAGGUUAAAGCCUGUUUCGAAUAUACUGCGAAACCCUCUGGUUAUAAUCCUUCAAUAUCAAUUUUGGGUAUACUUGAAGCUGAAAAAGAAAGAAGAAAGUCUGGGUUGUCGUCACGAGUUCAGUUUCGGAACCAAGGUUCUGAGCCAAAGUAUACUCAGGAGCUAACCCUGAACAGGCAGAAGCAGCGGGCGUGCAUGGAGGAGACCCUCUGGCUGCAGGAAAACAUCAGAGACAAGCUGCGCCCCAUCCCCAUCACAGCUUCUGUGGAGAUCCAGGAGCCCAGCUCUCGCCGGCGGGUCAAUUCACUUCCCGAAGUUCUUCCCAUUUUGAAUUCAAAUGAAGCCAAGACCGUCCAGACAGAUGUGCACUUCUUGAAGGAGGGCUGUGGAGACGACAAUGUCUGUAAUAGCAACCUUAAGCUGGAGUACAAAUUCUGUACCCGAGAAGGCAGUCAAGACAAAUUCUCUUACCUCCCCAUUCAAAAAGGCAUCCCGGAAUUAGUUCUAAAAGAUCAGAAGGAUAUAGCUCUGGAAAUAACAGUGACCAACAGCCCUUCUGAUCCAAGGAAUCCUAGAAAAGAUGGUGACGAUGCUCACGAGGCCAAACUCGUCGCGACGUUCCCUGACACGCUCACAUACUCGGCGUACAGAGAACUGAGGGCUUUUCCUGAGAAGCAACUGAGCUGUGUCGCCAACCAGAACGGCUCCCAAGCUGACUGUGAGCUCGGGAACCCUUUCAAGAGAAAUUCCAGUGUUACUUUUUACCUGAUUUUAAGUACAACCGAGGUCACCUUUGACACCACAGAUCUGGAUAUUAAUCUGAAGUUGGAAACAACAAGCAAUCAAGAUAAUUUGGCUCCAAUUACAGCGAAAGCAAAAGUGGUUAUUGAACUGCUUUUAUCGGUCUCCGGAGUCGCUAAACCUUCGCAGGUGUAUUUUGGAGGUACAGUUGUCGGUGAGCAGGCUAUGAAAUCUGAGGAUGAAGUAGGAAGCUUAAUAGAGUAUGAAUUCAGGGUGAUUAAUUUAGGUAAGCCUCUUAAAAACCUUGGCACGGCGACUCUGAAUAUACAGUGGCCCAAGGAGAUCAACAACGGCAAAUGGUUGCUUUAUCUGAUGAAGGUCGAAUCCAAAGGUUUGGAGCAGAUCAUUUGCGAGCCGCACGAUGAAAUAAACUUCCUGAAGCUGAAGGAGUCUCACAACUCAAGAAGGAAACGGGAGAUUUCUGAAAAACAAAUAGACGACAGCAGGAAGUUUUCUUUAUUUUCUGAACGAAAAUACCAGACCCUCAACUGCAGCGUCAACGUGAGGUGCGUGAACAUCCGGUGUCCGCUGCGCGGGCUGGACAGCAAGGCCUCCCUCGUGCUGCGCUCCAGGCUGUGGAACAGUACAUUUCUAGAGGAAUAUUCCAAACUGAACUACUUGGACAUUCUUGUGAGGGCUUCCAUCGACGUGACAGCUGCUGCUCAGAAUAUCAAGCUGCCUCAUGCGGGCACACAGGUUCGCGUGACGGUGUUUCCCUCCAAGACUGUAGCUCAGUAUUCGGGGAUAGCUUGGUGGAUCAUCCUCCUGGCUGUCCUUGCUGGGAUUCUGAUGCUGGCUCUGUUAGUGUUUUUACUGUGGAAGUGUGGAUUCUUUAAGCGCUCUAGGUACGAUGACAGCGUCCCCCGAUACCAUGCUGUUCGGAUCCGGAAGGAAGAGCGGGAGAUCAAAGACGAGAAACACAAUGAUAACCUCGAAAAGAAACAGUGGAUCACAAAGUGGAGUGAAAAUGAAAGUUACUCAUAGAGACCCAGGAGAGCUCCGCACUACCCAGAGUCCCUUUUGUUCUUCCCAACUCAGAGAUUCAGGUGGGCCCGAAGGCUGCUCAGCACCUGAAGUAGAUUCCAAACUGACUCUGCAGUUUCCACUGGGGGAUAUUGUUACACCCGAGGCUCCUGUUUUGCACAGCCAAAUUUAAGACUUUCAGAGUGGACUUUUCUUUAACUGCCUUAAUUUAACUUUCCAGAUUGCCUUUGUUUUUGGUGUUACUGACCGACAUUACAUGUGCUGGGGCAGGGCCUGCCCACCUGCACCCCUGGGACAUUCUCUCCUGAUAGCUCAGGAAGAAGACCCCCACCGUCACCCAUGCGAAUGGAGUGGCCAUCCUCGCCUGCCCCGACAAGCAUCCUUCUCAUAAGAUUGGAGAACCUGCAAGUGACUUGCCCCUUGGCUCAAGACUCUGCCGUUGGAUAGCCGUGUCUCUGUUGAGAGUUCUGUCUUAAAUGUGCAAUAGGAGGUGAUACUGCCAUCCUGCCUUCUCUCUCCAUUUCCUACAAGUGAGGGUCCUCGCCGAUGCCAAUGCACGCAGGUUCCCGUCUCCCUCGUGACUAAGCACAGGCGCGGCAGACUUGAACACUAGUUACACUUUUUUAUAUAUAUUUAUUUUUUUUCUUCAAGCCGUCUUGCUAUUGACUAAUAGGCCAAAGAUGCUUCAGGAUGGUUUAAGCAAUCAGAGUGAGACCCUAGGAGGUCAUUUGUUCUGACCUUGAGUAUUUACUGCAAAGAGAACAUUCUUUAUAAACAUGCAAGGAUUGUUUUUAAUAACUUCAACUUCUUCUGUAAAUGUUACCAUCUCCUUACUGGCAGGCUCUCCCUCAACCCAGAGAGUUUAACAAAGGAGUAACUGGAAGAUGCUUCAUCCUUGCCCGGCCUUGGUGUUCCAUGGUGUUGAGCCCUGUGUGGAAUUUCUGAACUCCGUGCUGUAACUUUCAGAACUCUGAGAGGAAGUGAGUUUGCUCAUUGAACUCUAGGGUCUGUGUGUUCGCUCACUGCUGUCAGCACUGUAUAUUCAGGACUUGACGUGAGUACACGUGUGGAUCCAGACCAAUCCAGUGUGAGACUACUGAAGAGCAUCUGUCCCCAAAACAGCCGCACCAGACAGAUGGAGAGCCGUGGCGCUCAGCUUCUCAAAUAUCAUCAGAACCAUUCAGUCAGCGAGUCCAUGACCGAUUUUUUUUUGUUUUAAAUUGUUCACACCAAUCUAAAUUCCUCUAAAUGACUUGUGACUACUUUAACAAGCCCUUUGGGCCUGGAGCAGGAGGUUUAGUUCAUUGCUAAAGUGCUUGCUAACAUGCCCAGGGUUUUUGUUUGUUAAAAUCAUAGGAGGGGAAAACCAGUUAUUUUUCUAUAUAUUCAACAGAGAUUGAAUAUAUUAUCAAAGCUGAAUUUUUAAUUGUACUUUAAAAUAAUUAAGUUAUAUGAAGCAGCAGCAAAGAGGUGCUAAUUUGUUUGGAGAUUGUAAAAAGCAGUUCUCUGUCUUUUUUUUAAGACUGGGUCUCAAGUAACCCAGGCUGGCCUUGAACUCCUUAGGUAGCUGGGGAUAGUCUUGAACUGCUGACCCUCCUGCCUCCCGCCCGACCCCCACCCCUCAAGGGUGGGACUACAGCUGUUUGCCACCACACUUGGUUUUAUGCGCUUGGGACUGAACCUGGGGCUCUGUGCAUGCUAGGCCAGCAGUCUGCCAACUGAGCUACAUCCCAGCCAUUUCUCAGUCUUUUAAAAGAACAAAGCAUUGCUAAAUGUGCCGUUGUUGCUUUUGAGUUUUAAGCCUUUUUUUUUUCUUUCUUUCAUAAAACAUUAUACCCUUAAGAUAUUAAAAAUUCUUAUUCUGGUUCUACUUUGGCAUUUUCACUCAUAAUAAUUUUAUAAAUGAUACCUUGUUUACAAAUGUUCUCUACCACGGGUCCUAAUAGCAUUUAAAGUCUCAGUUUCUUGCUUGGGUAACUUGAAGCCAAACAUACUGGCUUUGAAGGGCACGACGAAGAAGCUGAUAUCUUAAUAGUGUUUGUAGACCUCUGUUCUAGAAAUGAAUGUCCAGAAGAGAGUGGGGAGGGAGCUUGACAACGGAGAAACAAGAAUGUCAUGUUGUUUAAAUUUAUAGUUGUUAAAAAAAAAAAUGUCAUCUCAAGUCAAGUCACUGGGCUGUUAGCAUUUGGUAGGUUUUUAGACUAACUAGCAUUAGAAGAUUAUUUCAUAAUUGGAAAAUACCUGUGGAUAUUUGUAUAAAAGUGUGAAAUAAAUUUUUUAUGAAAGUG